AAGCGGCACGAAACCGUAGCGACUGGAAAUCCCUACAACCGUCCUAGUAUUUAUUUGUGCUAUAAUAAUUUAUGAAUUCAUAGAGCAGUGACAAUCAAUUUUUUUUUUAAUUCCUAGUGUUGUAUCUAUCUGUGACUACGUAUAAAGAACCUACGUGUAUUUAAUCUGUAUCAAAAAAUUACGCUUCACGUCAGUGAUGCGCCGAGGAUGAGUCGCCGCGCGCGGCCGUGACAUGGGAGCGCAGGCAUGGGCUGGCGCGCCGAGCAAACGCCGCACAUCGCCGCCGGCCUGCUCCUCUUGCUGCUAGCCAACCUGCCGGUAACCUGCCACCAAGACCACCAAGAUGCUGUCCACAUCACAGCGAUCCUCGGAGAGAGCGUCGUGUUCAACUGCCAGGUGGACUUCCCCGAAGACAUCCCGGUGCCGUACGUGUUGCAGUGGGAGAAGAAGGGACAGGACAUCCCGAUCUACAUCUGGUAUGAGAGCUACCCGACACACAGUGGCGAGGGCUACGAAGGCAGGGUGUCCCGGGUUGCGCCGGAUUCGCCGUACGGCGCCGCCAGCCUUAACCUCACCAAUAUCAGGGAGUCUGAUCAGGGUUGGUACGAGUGCAAAGUGGUGUUUCUCAACCGGUCUCCGAACCAGCACAAGAAUGGCACUUGGUUCCACCUCGACGUGCACGCGCCGCCGCGCUUCUCCAUCACACCGGAAGAGAUUAUAUACGUCAAUUUAGGAGAUGCUAUUAUUCUUAACUGCCAAGCGGAGGGUACGCCAACUCCUGAGAUAUUGUGGUACAAAGAUGCAAACCCAGUAGAACCAUCGGGGACAGUGGGCAUAUUCAACGACGGCACCGAACUACGAAUCAGCAAUAUCCGACACGAAGACAUUGGGGACUACACCUGUAUAGCGAGGAACGGUGAGGGGCAAGUGUCACACACAGCGCGUGUCAUCAUCGCGGGGGGAGCUGUCAUAACAGGGCGGCCCUAUCAAGACUUUCUGGUGAUACAAGAUCUCACCGUGGAGCCCACCCAAAAUAGCAAUCGCUUAUUUAGAUAUUCUCUGAUGCCACCAACCAACCAAACAAAGCUUGAAGGAGAGAAAGUCCAAUUCUCAUGCGAAGCCAAAGCGCUACCUGGUAAUGUAACCGUGAAGUGGUUCCGCGAAGGCGCCCCGGUUGCCGAGGUGGCGGCUCUCGAGACGAGGGUAACGAUCCGUAGAGACGGAGCCCUGGUCAUAAACCCGGUGGCCGCGGAUGAUUCUGGACAGUAUUUGUGCGAGGUGUCGAACGGCAUUGGUGACCCGCAAAGUGCAUCUGCUUAUUUAAAUGUUGAAUAUCCUGCGAAGGUGACUUUUACACCAACAGUACAAUACUUACCGUUCCGCUUGGCAGGCGUAGUACAAUGUUAUAUAAAAGCGAACCCACCACUCCAAUAUGUUACGUGGACGAAGGAUAAAAGACUGUUAGAACCUUAUCAAACGAAAGAUAUAGUUAUCAUGAACAAUGGCUCACUGCUUUUUACACGCGUCAAUCAGAAUCAUCAGGGUCGAUAUACGUGUACUCCAUACAAUGCUCAGGGCACGCAAGGAUCGUCAGGUCCCAUGGAAGUGUUAGUAAGAAAACCACCCGUGUUCACAGUAGAACCAGAGCCGUUGUAUCAAAGAAAAGUGGGCGAGUCAGUAGAGAUGCAUUGUGAGGCGCAAGAGGCUGAAGGCACGCAGCGGCCGAGCGUGGUGUGGCGUCGACGAGAUAGUAUUCCGCUGCAGAAGAGUCGGGUUCGUGCUCUCGGCGGAAACAUUACCAUUGACACGCUCCGGCGACAGGACUUUGGGAUAUACCAGUGCGUCGCAUCCAACGAGGUGGCAACUAUAGUAGCAGACACGCAGCUAGUAAUCGAGGGAACCCAACCCCACGCGCCCUACAACGUGUCAGGCACUGCGACGGAGUUCCAGGUGACGCUACGCUGGCAGCCAGGUUACGCGGGCGGGCCCGACUACAAGCAAGAUUACACCAUCUGGUACCGAGAGGCCGGCUUUUCGGAGUGGACCAAAGUUCCUGUCACACCAUCUGGUGCUACUUCUGUCACAAUAAAUCGUCUGCAACCGGGGACCACGUACGAGUUUCAAGUUAACAGUAAAAAUACAAUCGGAGAAGGAAUGAUGAGUAAAGCCAUUACAAUAAGAACUCUUGAUGUAGGCGCUAAACCAAAGGCUGCUCCGACGGCUGCUGGUCCUGUCGAUGAGAAGGUCUUUCAGAACGCACCUGAAGGCUCUGGUCCGAAGUCGGGACCACCACGUAACCUGACAGUGACAGAGGUGCACAACGGUUUCCUCAUCACGUGGCAGGCGCCUUUGGAGCGUGCGCACCUUGUGCAGUACUACACCAUCAAGUACCGAACCGACGCGCAGUGGAAGACACUCAACAGGGGGCAGAUCCGCCCUGAGGAGACCAGCUAUCUAGUUAAGAACCUAGUAGGCGGACGGACGUAUUACUUCCGUGUAUUGGCCAACUCAGCGACAAGUUACGAGAGCUCCGAGGAGGUCAAGUUUCCCGUGCCUGCGCGAGUGAAGCAUAAAGCGAUAACGGCGGGAGUGGUGGGCGGCAUAUUGUUUUUCAUUGUUGCCAUCAUACUGUCUGUUUGCGCGGUGAAGAUAUGCAAUAAGCGUAAGCGUCGCAAGCAGGAGAAAGCAUACAACAUGGUAGCAGCGCGACUGACCGACCUUCGCGCCGCAGACAGCACUCAAGUGCCUUUUAAAAAAUUUAGAGAAAGCGGAAUAUCGAGUAUAGUGCAGUGUUUGCGAUUCACGGCCAACUGGAUCUGGCCGGCGACCCGCUGCGGCGACGAGGCGCAGCGCUGGGGCUCACGCACCGCGUCCUCCAUCAGCGCGUCCUCCGUGGCCUCCACGACCUCGCCGUCGCCCGCGCCCUCCUCCUCCGACGACGGCGGGUUCCUGCCGCGCCUGCGCGCGCCGCUCCGCCCUACCGCCGCUCCCCCGCUGUUUCGCGCCUCUUCGCCAGCGUUCGCCUUCCACUGGCCGCCCUGGCCUCCUUGGCCCGUCUGGGCGCCCGCCUGGACGCCCUGGUCACCCCUUCACAUCUCCGACCUCAGUUCGGUACCCUUCCCGAGCUCUGCGGACGGUUCGUUCCCGACGCCUCCGUCGUUCCGGUCGCGGCCGCCGCCUAUCGCUGUGCUGGACUUACAGCAGACGCGCGCUUGCGGGGCUUUCGUCCGGCCGAGGAUGCGGCCCACGCCGCGACAUGGAAGAUCGAGAGCGGUGACCGAGCUACCGGUGCCGCCGCCUCACGAGGCUUCGCCGGAAAGCAGGUCGUCCUCGAGCGGAUUCGGAAGUAAGAACGCCUCCUCGUCGCAGCACAACCGCAGCAGCCGAACAGGCAGUCUAGCCGAGUGGCGCCCUCCCCCGUACCGGCCGCCUCCGCCCGCACCUCCGCCGCGGCCUGGCUCCGGCGAAGCGGUGGACGCGGGCUCGGUAGACGUACACUACGAGUGGGACCGUGCGACGCGUACGCCCACGCCAUCGACGCCCGAGCGCACGCGCGUGCGGGCUUCGCGCGACGACGUGGAGGCACGCGUGCGGGCCAUGAAGGAGGAGUUCUUGGAGUUCCGCAAACGGCAAGCGCUGCGACGCCGUUCGCCCGAGCCGCUGAGCGCGCCGCCGCCGCUAUCGCCGCUGAGCGCGCUCGCGGCGCUGUCUCCGCUGGCGUCCGCCGAGACUGUCUGCUGAUCGCCGAUCCCAGCUCAACCGAUUUUGCUUAUUCAAUCCCCACCGAAACCGCGAUCGAUAAAAUUCGAUUACGAUUUUAGUAGAAAGUUAUAUAUUAGAAGAAAAUAUCGAUAGACAUAUAAAAUCCCUGUUUCUUUGCGACCUCCGCCUCGCUCGAUUCCAUGCGAUUGUCCGCCGAAAUUAAUUAACCUAAUCUUUCCGCGCGUAGGAAAUUCCUGCAGCGCGACGAUGUCCAUAAUUAAUGUACCAAAUGAUAUAGGUAAAUGUCUUGUUUUAUCCGAGUCAACGAUGGGCUACAGUGAUUGUGGUUUUAUUGUUUCUGAAUUAUGUUAUCUACUUUUAACGAGAGUAACUUCCCUACGUUAAUUUUAUAAGUCAAUUUAUAAAAAGACUAAGACGCGUAGGUUGUAUGUAUAUUUGUAAUUAUUGUCUAUUUAUUUAGGUAGACUUUAAAACGGUUUUCCGAUACGUACCUACGUUCAAUAAUAAUUUAGGGAGCAGUGGCCAUCGUUGCCUCGUUUCUCGAACAUAUUAUUUUACGUUCACUGAUCACUGUAAACCUAGUGUUAAACAUCCCACCUUUGUCGCCAGUCUCGCUGGGACGUCGUACUAUAUUGUAAUAAGAAAUUAGACACGUUUUCAGUCACACAACAGUUUGACUGAAGUAAUUAGUAAUAAUGUACAUACGUGUAAUUGUGGAUGCAGUGGCGUUUUGUGAUCGCACUGGCUGCCUUCCAAUUAAAUCUUAAUGUCAAUUAACGAUUCGAUGUAAAUGCGCAACGUUUUUAGUUUCCUGUUUAAUUGUGAUAAUAUAUACUAUGCAGUUAUAAGCGAUUAUCACAGCGAUAACUGCGAAGUUUAACUUGAUUUAUGAAACACGCGUUAAAUGUGCCAUAAUAUCAUCGAUUAGCCGAAACGACUAGGCUGUUACUGCGUCGAUUAAAGGCAAGUAGGCAGUGCGAGAAUACGUUCACCUAAACGCUUUAGGUAUGAGCGGGGACGCAUCCACAGCACCGCUCAUACCAAUAUUAUGAUAUGUAGUUAAUAUUAAAUAUUUAAGUACGUACAAUUUAAAAAAAAACUAGUAAGACUUCACGCGUUCGGCGCUCACUGUUCCUAUAGCUAUCUACUUACAACGUUUUUGAAUAAUAGCCCGCAAUGGUAUAUGGUUCUUUUGUAUUCUGUAAGUAUAUAUUGUUAACAUCGAAUUGAAGAGCUCUGUUGUCGUUAACCGAGUGCCGCCGCGCCGGUUGCUCACAUCCCUAUCUUCGGGUAUUAUCAUUUAGGAAAAGUAAUGUCUAGCAAUGGGUCAAAUUAUCGUGAUUCUGGUGACGAUAGAAUCUUAUGGUAAAUUCAGACAUAUCAGAAGCCCCCCCGUUAAUGUUUUUCAAUGGUCUUGUAUGAUCUCUUUCUAUUCCUUAGAACAGGCAUACGGACUUAAAGUAUUCCAUAAAGAGCAUAAGUAAGAGCAUAAACAGGAAAGCUGCUUUAAUGUCAUCCAGUUAUAUAACAAUGUAAACAGUUAUAUAUAACUAUGUGAGAAAACUGUUAUCACUUUAAAUUAUAAUAUAAUAUUUAUUACUUAAAAUGUCUAUGACAUUAUAUUUUGUAUUUAAUCUUUUAUUUUUACGCUGUCCCUUAAAUUUUGAUUUAGACAUGACAACAUUUAUUUUGGAAUCAGAAAAGCGAACGGAAAUUAAAAUGUCCGUGUACAGGACGGCAAGUCGACGAGAGUUCUUAGUAACAAAAUUACAUACUGCCCACAAAAUCACUUAGGUAAUAGGUUAGAUCAGUGCCGAAUGCGCGAAUUCAUAUUAUAUACAACACAAAUAAUCUUAGUUAGACUUAGAGUUAACAUAGGUCGAACAGAACCGAUAUACUGUUUCAUGUUUUAAUGGAUAUUUUUUUCCAAGUACAAAUUUUUAUUUUAUUCGUUAUUGUAACUUUGUUUGAUUUUUUAACUGUACAUAUGUAAAAACAUACCUAUUAGAUAUUAUAUUAUACACUUAUUUAUUUAGGUAUUGUUGUAUGAACGAGGUUCUGAUGAACUGAGCCAGUACUUGAGCGUAAUUUUAUUUAGACUUAUCAUUAAAGUAACAUCUUACACUAAUUAUACUGAAUGUAACCAAGUGGCACAACGCUAUAUGAAAAGGUGCUCAAACAAAAAUAUGCAUAUUCUGACCAAUCCAAUCUCGUAUAUAUAAGUUUGCCAGUAAUUUUUAAUAAUUUUCGUAUGUGUCUAAAUUUUCUAGUUUGUUGUUGUUUUUUGUUUUUUAAGAAAACAUUUUUAGUAAAAUAGCACUACCACUCGGUUCCUUAAAGCAAUCCCACCUGAAAACCUAAAAUAUUAUUUAUUUUUCAGUCAACCGCGAAGAC